CUAAGAUCAAUAUUGUUUACUAGUUCCUUGCUGUUCAGUGCAGGCUUCCUGUCUAGCUCUGGGCCAAUGUUCUAGAAUUUGGAAACCAAUUUGUUGUUGAUUGAUGUUAUUACUGGAACUUGUGUUCCAGUUUCAGUAUCUAGUCACCAGUCUUAUUCCGUCCGGUGUGUGCGAAUAGUUAAUAGUAGGUGUGGCGCCCUUAACCAGUAUUGGCAUUAGCUAAUAACAUCUUAGGUUCUAAAUUAGAGGCUCUCUAAAUCUGAGUUUCAGUUUUACUGGUUCGUGUCGAGAUUCAGAGAAGAAGAAGAAGAUUAGAGAUUCAAUCAAUCAAAUCGAUCGGAAAUGGCGACGGUGAUGGCAAGGAAAUCUUCACAUCUUAUCUUUCGAUCCCUCACUACUACUACUACUACUACUAUGUCACCACUGAAGCAUCCCUCGUCGUCUUGUUCUCCUCGGUUCCUUUCGUCGUCCUCAUCGAAAGAGAAACCGCAAACAUAUCAUCGUUCUGAAGAUGAUGAACCAUCUAUAAGAUCUAGGUUACCUCCAAGGGAAAAAGGUUCACGCGAUGAUCAUCGUAUUAAUGUCGAGAAAUCAAAGACAAUUCCAGGCAGACAUGUAGUUACUCUCACAUUUAAGCCAUUUGCUAGAUGAAUGUGUCAACCUAUGCUGGGGUUAUAAAGAUUCUAAGUUCGAUUGCAAAAUGCUAUUCCCAUGGUUAGCAUUCUGAAGACCAAAGGAAGUUUAAUUUUUCGUUUUGGACGUACACUUGAAGUACAACUCUGAUAAAAACAUUCUGUAAUGUUGCUUAGUUCACCUUGAAUUAUUGUAUGCAGUAUUUCGAUUGCUUUUAGAAAAUCAACUAUUGUCCUUAUAA